AUGGAGGCAGCUUCGCUGUCCAACCUUGCAGGCAAUGCCAGCACAGACGCCACGUCUCCCCCAAGCUCAGGCUCAGGCUCGGGGUCUAGCUCUAGCUCGAGCCCAACAAACCAGCCGGCAUCGUCAUCUUCACCUCUCCAGUCUCGAAGCAAGCCCACGCGAGACUCGUCGCGUUCCCGCACUCUCUCAUCCUCGUCUUCGGCCAGCCGCAAGGGCCGCCACGUUGAGCCCGGCACCACCGACACGCAUGCCGGACGGGACAGUGUGUCUAUGCCCCCGCCCCCCUUCCACUCUGUGCCUCAUGCCCCCCGUCGCGACUCAUCCAGCUCGGACGUGUGGGGAGAGCAAGUCGGCUUCCUGGAAGGGUACCAGGCACUCAGCGAGCAGGGGGCUGCCCUGUCCGGAUCCCCCGUCCCCUACUCGCCUCGCGACUUCGCGAUCGAGGCAGCUUCUGGCAUUGAUAACGACUUCGAGACGCCUCGUCUUCUCGCAGGCUCCACGCUCGCCAGCCCCGAAACGGCACAGAAAGGCUAUCUUCCCGAGCCCGCCCUACCAGGCCGAUCCUCGCUUUCCGACGCCGAAACCAGCAACCGUGUGAGCAUCAGCUCCACGUAUAGCCUAGCCUCGGCCCGUGGAGUGCCCAGCUCGGCGGCCUCGGCUAACGGGAGCGACAACAACAGCGUCACCGGCGCUCCCGCACUUCGAUCUACUGCCAGCCUGAUGGUAUCGUCAGCCGGGGGAGCUAAGGGCCCUGCUACAUCGCAGCCCGAAGCAGGCGUCACCAACAUGAUAGUCACGACAGCUAGUCAGGGGUCGCCGGGCGGCGCCCUUCAGCUCGCCCCCAGGGACUCCCACGUCCACCAAAUGACUGAAAUCCUCAAGAAGACGCCCCAGGCUCAGCAGCAGUCUCCUGUUACUGGAACCCCGCGCACCCAGCUCACUAGGAGUCGAAGCCGGGCCAAGCGCCGUUUCAGCGGCAGUACCGCGGCGAGCAGCCACAGCCCGAGUAGCGAUCGGGCCUUCGCCCACCGCGUCGAGAAGGAGGGGGUCCGCCCAGCUCCCUGGGGUGUCAUUGGCGUUUGCGCCCUGGACAUAAAAGCGAGAAGCAAGCCCAGCAGGAAUAUCCUCAACCGCCUGAUUCAGAAUCGCGAGUUUGAUGUCUGUGUCUUUGGUGACAAGGUCAUUCUCGACGAAGACAUCGAGAAUUGGCCGAUAUGCGAUUACCUGAUUUCCUUCUACUCAGAUGGCUUCCCGCUGGAGAAGGCAAUCGCCUACGUCAAGGCACGCAAACCCUUUUGCGUCAACGACGUACCCAUGCAGAAGAUUCUAUGGGAUCGCCGCCUGUGCCUUCGUCUCCUCGACCGUAUCGGUGUUCCGACACCGCAACGUAUUGAGGUCAACCGGGAUGGCGGGCCGCGUCUGCUGACACCCGAAAUUGCCAAGCACAUCAAGGAGGUCAGCGGCAUCUCGUUUGAGCCCACAAAUACAGACCCAGCCAAUGCCAAGGCCAUGUCGCCGCGCCGGGUCGAGUUGCUGGACGGCGGUGAUAUCCUUUCAGUCGACGGAACCUUGAUCAAGAAGCCGUUCGUCGAGAAACCUACGAGCGGCGAGGACCACAACAUCAUCAUAUACUUCCACUCGUCUUCGGGCGGCGGUGCUCGUAAGCUCUUCCGCAAAAUCGGUAACAAGAGCAGCGAGUACGUCGAAGACUUGAUAGUGCCGCGCGCCAUUACCCAGCCCGACGAGAGCUUCAUCUAUGAACGUUUUAUGAAAGUCGACAACGCUGAAGAUGUGAAGGCGUACACUGUGGGGCCAACGUACUGCCAUGCUGAGACACGCAAAUCACCUGUCGUCGACGGCGUCGUGCGCCGUAAUACGCAUGGCAAGGAGGUUCGUUACGUGACAGCUCUGAGCGGCGAGGAAAAGGAAAUUGCCAGCAAGAUCAGCACCACAUUUGGACAGCGUGUGUGCGGCUUCGACUUUCUUCGGGCUGGCGGCAAAAGCUACGUCAUCGAUGUCAACGGCUGGAGCUUUGUCAAGGACAACGACGAUUACUAUGACCACUGCUCCACCAUUCUCAAGGAUAUGUUCAUCAAGGAGAGGCUGCGUCGGGAAGGUCUCACGCCGACCAUACCCUCCCCUGCGGCGUCCGAUAUGGACACCAUGACGGCCCGUGCCGUGCUGUCCAACAAAGACAAAGAUCUCUCUGCCCUCAUAGCUGCCCAAACCAGGACGAGCUUGGACAAGCAGGCCAUCACCGCUUAUCAGCGGGGGGGACUGGAAAUCCGAGACACAUCUACGGAGCCUGUGACACGCGCCAGUUCGGAGGCCGCUUUGGCGCCCGGGAAGCUGCCAAGUUUGCCUGCGAGCCCCCUAGUUAGCCAGUUUUCGACCUCGGUAGCCGACAGCGCACCGUCUACAGCACCUUCGACGGUGUCCGUCACACCAUCUCUCCUACAGGAUGCCGUCUUGAACGCUGGAGCGGAUGCUCAGGAUGAGCCCCCUCCUCCCCCUCCUCCCAAGCCUAGUUGGAAACUCAAGGGCGUGGUCUCUGUUAUCCGUCACGCCGAUCGCACACCAAAGCAAAAGUACAAGUUCACUUUCCAUACAGAGCCCUUCAUCGAGCUACUUAGAGGCCACCAGGAGGAGGUGCUUCUUAUUGGCGACCCCGCGCUCGCUAGUGUGCUUGACGCCGUCGACAAGGCUAUGCUGGCCGGUAUAGAAGACCGCGGUAAGCUAAAGACUCUGCGUAAUGUCUUGGUUAAGAAGGGCGGCUGGGCAGGCACUAAGGUGCAGAUUAAGCCCAUGUUCCGAAACAAGAGCGACCAGAAGAAGGCCGACGACAAGACGGUUACGCCAACGAAAAGCAACUCCAAACAAGAGGACGAAACUGAGCAGAGCGUGGACAAAGCUGGGCUCGAAGAUAAGAAGGCCCGCCAAAAGCCCCGCAGACAAGACUCACUUUCUGGAGUGACAAUGUCCAAGUUCACAGCGGCCGAGGAGAGCCUGGUGCUAGACAAGCUGCAGCUCAUUGUCAAGUGGGGCGGCGAGCCGACUCACUCAGCCCGCUAUCAGUCCCAAGAGUUAGGCGAAAGCAUGCGCAGCGACCUUGGCCUGAUGAACCGCGAGGUCUUGGACGAGGUGCAUGUGUUUAGCAGCAGUGAGCGGCGCGUUGUAGCGAGCGCCCAGAUCUGGGCGGCCAGUUUUCUCAACAAGAAGGACGUGCCAGAAGACCUCAUCACUAUUCGCAAGGACCUUUUAGAUGACUCCAACGCUGCCAAGGACGAGAUGGACAAGGUAAAGAAGAAGCUCAAGGGCCUCCUGCGUAAAGGAAACGAGCGGCCUCCGCAGUUCGCUUGGCCCGCCAACAUGCCCGAGCCCGCAGAGGUGCAAACGCGUGUUGUCCAGCUGAUGAACUUCCACCGCAAGGUGAUGCAGCACAACUACAGCAAACUGUACAGCGGUGCCGUCAACUCCCUAAACGCCAUCAAUAAUCCCAGCACGGACAAGCUUAAUGGCGAGGGAGUGCUUGGCAGCUCGAUGUCGUCGGUCGCCUCCUUCGGCUCACUGUCUCAGGCCAAUGCUGUUAAUAGCGUCCAGGCUCGGUGGUGCUGUGGUGAGGACUCGGAGCUAUUCAGAGAGCGCUGGGAGAAGCUCUUCGCCGAGUUUUGUGACGGCGAAAAGGUUGACCCCAGCAAGAUCUCGGAGCUAUAUGAUACCAUGAAGUUCGACGCCCUGCACAACCGUCAGUUUCUCGAGUGGGUCUUCACACCCCCGAAAAGCAUGCUUGAGGAGGAAUACGGGGUUCAGGCCAGCGGCAAUGGGAAAGACGGGAAGUCGCCCAAUCCAUCCUCCAAGGGUACCGAGGAAGGUGGCAGUGCGCCUCGAUUCUCCGAGGAUUCCAAGACGGAGAGAACAGGUAGCGGUACUCUGGCCGAGGGUAUCGAAAAGAUCGAGAAGACUAGCAGCAAGACGGUCAAACGCAUCUUCCACCGGCGCUCCUUCCUCAGCGGCCUGCGGCCUGGUGUUGAGGCAGAGCUGCCCGAGAGAUAUUUCCAUCUCCACAGGGGGAACAGCCAGACCAAAGCAAAGACAGAUGCCCGAUUCGAGCCUCUUCGAGAGCUGUACCAACUCGCCAAAAUCCUUUUCGACUUUAUCUGCCCUCAGGAAUAUGGUAUUUCUGACAGCGAGAAGCUCGAGAUUGGACUCUUGACGUCGCUCCCGCUGCUCAAGGAGAUUGUACAGGAUCUAGAGGACAUGCAGGCGUCAGACGAGGGCAAGUGCUUCAUUUACUUUACCAAGGAGUCGCACAUCUACACGCUGCUCAACUGCAUUCUCGAGGGAGGCCUCGAGACCAAGAUUAAGCGCGCCACCAUACCCGAGCUCGACUACCUCUCACAGAUCUCGUUUGAGCUGUAUGAGAUGCCUGCUGACCCGCCCGUCGACUCCGACGGCACCCCGGCCUUCAUGUACAGCAUAAAAAUCACCAUAAGCCCCGGCUGCCAUGUCUUCGACCCGCUCGAUGUCCAGCUCGACAGCAGACACUGCAUAGGCUGCGCUCCGCGCCGGAGUCUGACGGCUCACGCGGAUUGGAUGGUGGUGAUCGAGACGCUGCGAGCCAAAUUCCAUCAGGUGAAAUUGCCAAAAACUUUCUUGGCCGUCAACCUGUCGGAUGCCUUCUCGUUCCAGGAGAAGGCGCAGGAUACUGAAAGCGAGGGACUUGAGCCGAAAGUGACCGAGAAGGAGAACGCCACAACGACUCCUACUACAACGUCGGAUCCACCCGAGCCAGCCGACGAGAACUGA